UAAAUCUCUCUCACAACACAUGAUAAAAGAUAGAGCAGUUUCACAGUUUCUUCAGAUGUGUUCAUGUCUUCUUAAGAAUUCUAUCAACAGUUUUUUCAUAAAAAAACAAUGCAUAAUAGCAGACACAUGCAGGACUGAUAAAUACACACACAUGAUAAUGGGUUCUUGCUUAAGUACCACAGUAAAAGCAGAAUUGAGAGAUAAACAGGAAUCACAGUCGACAAUGAAAACAGACAUGCUUUCUGGCCAAGUGGAACUUGUACGGAGAAUGGCCGAGAGACAGAUAGCUAUGCAGGUGGCUACAGUUCGUGAGAUGAUCGUCUGGUUUGUUCCUUUCACUAUAUCUUCAUACGGAUUUCUUUAUUAUGGACAUAUCAAAACCAAUAGCUGGGUCGUCAUGUUUCCCCUUAUUCCCAUUACAUUUGGUCUUGGAUACCAACUCCAUUAUGCUUAUGGUAACAAAAUACAUCAAAUUAAAGAACUGGCUGAGAACAUUAUGGCAAAUGAAACCCACAUGAUGAUGGUGCCAGAGUGGACAACUGGUGUCAGUGAAGGUCACAACUCAUCAGUCAAGGCAGUCACAGAUGUACCACACUCGCUUAAGAACGUGACCUUCACACCUCCUUCCAUAACCACACAUUCUGCAGGUGUAGUCUUCAAGCCAAUGGUUACCAGCUCUAAUCCACCCUAAAUACACUAUUAUACAGUACUCUGGUUCUGAAAAAAAAAGACACAUUUCUACACAGUUUAUAUUUCAUCAUCAAAUAAGUUACCAGUUUGUUUAUGCCUUCUGAACAGAAUUCUGGCAGCUGAUUAAGUAGCCAUCAAUCACCUGCCAUUAUUACAUCAUGUGUAUCCUCCCAGGAACUUCUUCAGAGGCCCAACAGAUGAAAAUCACUGGGGAAGGGGAGAGAUUGAGGCUGUAAUUGUAAUAACAGAUCUGCCCUCGUAUUAAUGGGAAGUGCUAAAUCUGUAAGGGUCAUACAGUGCCUGGAGAAUGGGAGGUAAUCAGGUUGUUUUAUUCAAGGAAGAGGAGGGUAGCUUCAAUUCCUUGGAGUCAGAGCCCUUCACUGGUAUCAAGGUGCCUCACAAAAAUGCAUUGGAAACAAUAUACAGUACAAUAUUGGUAUUAGUUUCUUCAAGGAUGGUGAACGGCUCUUCUUCCAAAGUAUUGGAGUUACUUCUCCCCUUCCUCAGAUCAAACCUGAUUACCCAUAACUUUUCUGUAUGACCUUUACAAGUACAACAGAACUCCCGUAUCCACUGCUUUGAUAUCCGUGGUUUCAGAUAACCACAGUUUACUGUGGCCCAAAAAUAUCUCUUAAUUUUGCAUAAUAAUGGCCCCAAAGAACAAAAUUAGAGAAGCUGGCAGUUCUUCAAAGCCUAAGAGAAGCCGUGAAGUGCUUCCCAUCAAUAAAAUUGAUAAUUCUCCACUUAUUGUGCAUAAUUUAUCAAUUAAACUUUAUAACAGGUAUGUACAGGACUUAUAUAUAAGGUUUGCUAUCAUCCGUAGUUUCUGAAUCUGUGGCAGGUCAUUGGAGUGUAUCCUGUGGACAUGGGGGUCCUACUGUAUAGCACUUUCCUGCUAAUAUAAUAAUAAUUGCAGUGAUGAAUAUGAACAAAAGUAGCAAACAGAAGAAUAUACAAUAUUACCCUCUAACACACUUUUUUGUGAGUUAUUCCUAAUCUUUUAACAUUGAAUACAAUAUCUGUUAAAGACAUUUAAGAUUUUUAUAAGAUCUUCAUUAUUUUACAACAAUGACAGUUAUUAUUAUUCUUGCCAAGAAGAAAACUAAGAAUAGUAAGAAAGCUCCUUCAGUUACUAUAUUAUAUAAUGUCGGAUGGUUUUCCAUUAUUUUGAUAAUACACUGGUAAUUGUAAUUAAAUGUAAGAAAUAAAACUAUAUUCUAAACAUUUAUAAAAAGACUAAAAAUUUUGAGCUUGACAGUUUGAUCAUAGCAAUAUAUUGAUGUAAAAGGAAUUAAAAAAAUAUAUAA